UGUUUUUCUUCAUCAGAGUAAGUAUAACUUUCUUACACUAAACUUUUAAUAUAAAUUCCCAAAUGCCCUUAUAUUUCCAAAAUUAAAAAUAACCCAGAGAUCCAGAUCCAGUUUUCUGAACUUUAUUAGACGUUACUUACUCAUCGAUAUCCUUUUUUACUUGAUUCUAAACCACAUUUUGUAUAAUUUUUCCCCUGUAAGGUUCAGAAAUUGUUCUUUACUUAAAUCUUAAAAAAUCUGUCUAAAGUAAUGGCAGAGUCAGCUAGUGUUGCUGUUAAUGGCACAAAAAAGUGUCCGUCUUUAACUUUUAACAAGAAUACAGAAGACCAUGCUAAAUUAUCAGAAUUAUUUGAAUCUACGACAAUAAACCUGGAUACUCCUUUGUCCUUGAAGAAUAAAUGGGUGAUUUGGGAGCAGAUAGUUAAGAUGCCAGAACACUCCCAGAAUGAUUAUAAAGAACACACAAAACCAUUGGUUUCAUUUGAUUCUGUACAAGCCUUUUGGAAUUUAUGGUUUAAUAUUCCUCAACCGAGUGAAUUAGCUACCAAUAAAAGAUUGGCACGUGAAUGUUCCGACGGUUCUGAGCAUUUUGUUGACGCCAUUAUGGGAUGGAGUACAACCUAUGUGGGAGGAUCCAUUGAACAAGGACGGAGGUCAUUUCGAUUACCGUUUCAGGCCAACAGAUGUACAACAGCUCACAGUGGACGAGUACUGGAAUAACAUUAUUUUGGGACUUGUGGGAUCAACGAUUCCACUUUGCGAGUUUAUCAAUGGCGUUAGACUAGUCGACAAACUCAGCUCACGUUUUCCAGUUCUCAGAAUAGAAGUUUGGUUCAAAAAUUUGGGCGAAGCUAACGAUCCUACUCAACUCAUGAAAUCUAUAGGCGCCUGUAUGGCAAGAAAACUGGAUGGUAGUGUUGGAACGAUACCUAAGGGUGAUUUAAAAUGGCAUUAA